UGCUGGGAAUGGGGCAUUAUACAGUAACACCGGGGAAUGUGGUCUGGGUGAUGAUCGGAGAGGUGACUGCUGGGAAUGGGGCAUUAUACAGUAACACCUGGGGGUGUGUCUGGGUGAUGACUGGAGAGGUGACUGCUGGGAAUGAGACAUUAUACAGUAACACCAGGGGAUGUGUCUGGGUGAUGACUGUAUCACUGUGUGUGUCAGGUUCCUAUAAGGUGUCAGGAUGUCACUAUGUCUCCAUGCAGGAGGGGGAGUAUAUAGAGGAGCACAGGGGUCUGUACAAGGACGUGAUGAUGGAGAAUCACCGGCCCCUCACAUCACUGGAUGGGCCCAGUAACAGAGAUACCCCAGAGAGAUGUCCCCGUCCUCUGUAUUCCCAGGACUGUACAGAGGAGAAUCACAGGAUCCCACAGGAGGAUCAGGUAGAACGUCUUUCUUGUAUAAAGGCAGAAGAUAUAGAGGGAGAAGAAGAGACCUAUGUGAUUGAUAUGAAAUCAGAAGAUAUAGAGGGAGAAGAAGAGACGUAUGUGACUGAUAUGAAGACAGAAGAUAUAGAGGGAGAAGAAGAGACGUAUGUGACUGAUAUAAAGGCAGAAGAUCUAGAGGGAGAAGAAGAGACGUAUGUGACUGAUAUGAAGACAGAAGAUAUAGAGGGAGAAGAAGAGACGUAUGUGACUGAUAUGAAGGCAGAAGAUAUAGAGGAAGAAGAAGAGACGUAUGUGACUGAUAUGAAGGCAGAAGAUAUAGCGGGAGAAGAAGAGACGUAUCUGACUGAUAUAAAGGCAGAAGAUAUAGAGGGAGAAGAAGAGACGUAUGUGACUGAUAUGAAGGCAGAAGAUAUAGAGGGAGAAGAAGAGACGUAUGUGACUGAUAUGAAGACAGAAGAUAUAGAGGGAGAAGAAGAGACGUAUGUGACUGAUAUGAAGGCAGAAGAUACAGAGGGAGAAGAAGAGACGUAUGUGACUGAUAUGAAGGCAGAAGAUACAGGGGGAGAAGAGGAGACGUAUGUGAGGGGUGAUCAGCAGUGUAAGGAGGAGGAGAUCCCUACAGAUAUCAAAACAGCAGAUGGACACACAAGCAGGAACAUCUCAGAAGGACAUCUAAUGUUAUCCCCGGAUUGUGACAUAAAAGAUAAUGACAGUAGACAGGAAUCUCCAGGAGAUAUCCCCAUUACCCCAAUUAUACAUCCAGCUCUAUCAGCUGAUCCCCCUGAUCCUGGGGAAUGUUCUCCUGAUCACUCUGAUAUUGGUGCAUCUGUUACAGCUCUGAGAGUAGAUACAGUGUUUCCCUGUUCUAUAGAUGCCAAAUGUUUUACACAGAACACAAAGCGUAUUACCAAUCAGCCAGCUAAGGCAGGUGAGAGGCCACUGAUAUGUUCUGAGUGUGGGAAAUGUUUUACAUAUAAAUCACAUCUUGUUACACAUCAGAGAAGUCACUCAGGUGAGAGGCCGUAUUCCUGUUCUGAGUGUGGGAAAUGUUUCGCACAUAAAUCAGUUCUUGUUACACAUCAGAGAAGUCACACAGGUGAGAAGCCGUAUUACUGUUCUGAGUGUGGGAAAUGUUUUGCAUGGAACUCAAAUCUUGUUACACAUCAGAGAAGUCACACAGGUGAGAAGCCGUUUUCCUGUUCGGAGUGUGGGAAAUGUUUUGCAUAUAAACCAGUUCUUGUUACACAUCAGAUAAGUCACACAGGUGAGAAGCCGUAUUCCUGUUCUGAGUGUAGGAAAGGUUUUGCACGGAAAUCAGAUCUUGUUGCACAUCAGAGAAGUCACACAGGUGAGAAGCUAUUUCCAUGUUCUGAGUGUGGGAAAUGUUUUACACAGAAAUCAGCUCUUGAUAAACAUGAGAGAAGUCACACAGGUGAGAAGCCGUAUUCCUGUUCUGAGUGUAGAAAAUGUUUUGCACGGAAAUCAGCUCUUGUUACACAUCAAAGAAGUCACACAGGUGAGAGGCCAUUUUCCUGUUCUGAGUGUGGGAAAUGUUUUACACAGAAAUCAGCUCUUGUUACACAUCAGAGAAGUCACACAGGUGAGAAGCCAUAUUCCUGUUCUGAGUGUAGGAAAUGUUUUCCACGGAAAUCAGAUCUUGUUUUACAUCAGAGAAGUCACACAGGUGAGAAGCCAUUUCCAUGUUCUGAGUGUGGGAAAUGUUUUACACAGAAAUCAGCUCUUGAUAAACAUGAGAGAAGUCACACAGGUGAGAAGCCAUAUUCCUGUUCUGAGUGUGGGAAAUGUUUUGCAUCUAAAUCACAUUUUGUUAUUCAUCAGCAUACUCACACAGGUGAGAAGCCGUAUUCCUGUUCUGAGUGUGGGAAAUGUUUUACACAGAAAUCAGCUCUUGUUACACAUCAGAGAAGUCACACAGGCGAGAAGCCGUACUCCUGUUCUGAUUGUGGGAAAUGUUUUACACAGAAACCAGCUCUUGUUACACAUCAGAGAAGUCACACAGGUGAGAAGCCGUACUCCUGUUCUGAGUGUGGGAAAUGUUUUGCAUGGAAAUCAGUUCUUGUUAAUCAUCAGAUUUCCGGACUGUGCGUUCCACAUACAGGAAGUGAGUUUUCAUCGACUACUGCAGCCUCCCAGUGUCCGUGGAGAUCAGGCUCUUCCACAGAUACGAAGACAGUUCCACCGGAGGGGGAGUAUAUAGAGGAGCACAGGGGUCUGUACAAGGACGUGAUGAUGGAGAAUCACCGGCCCCUCACAUCACUGGAUGGACCCAGUAACAGAGAUACCCCAGAGAGAUGUCCCCGUCCUCUGUAUUCCCAGGAUUGUACAGAGGAGAAUCACAGGAUCCCACAGGAGGAUCAGGUAGAACGUCUUUCUCGUAUAAAGGCAGAAGAUAUAGAGGGAGAAGAAGAGACGUAUGUGACUGAUAUAAAGGCAGAAGAUAUAGAGGGAGAAGAAGAGACGUAUGUGACUGAUAUGAAGGCAGAAGAUAUAGAGGGAGAAGAAGAGACGUAUGUGACUGAUAUGAAUGCAGAAGAUAUAGAGGGAGAAGAAGAGACGUAUGUGACUGAUAUAAAGGAAGAAGAUAUAGAGGGAGGAGAAGAGACGUAUGUGACUGAUAUGAAGGCAGAAGAUAUAGAGGAAGAAAAAGAGACGUAUGUGACUGAUAUGAAUGCAGAAGAUAUAGAGGGAGAAGAAGAGACGUAUGUGACUGAUAUAAAGGCAGAAGAUACAGAGGGAGAAGAAGAGACGUAUGUGACUGAUAUAAAGGCAGAAGAUACAGAGGGAGAAGAAGAGACGUAUGUGACUGAUAUAAAGGCAGAAGAUACAGAGGGAGAAGAAGAGACGUAUGUGACUGAUAUAAAGGCAGAAGAUAUAGAGGGAGAAGAAGAGACGUAUGUGAGGGGUGAUCAGCAGUGUAAGGAGGAGGAGAUCCCUACAGAUAUCAGCACAGCAGAUGGACACACAAGCAGGAAUAUCACAGAAGGACAUCAAAUGGUAUCCCCGGAUUGUGACAUUAAAGAUAAUGAUAGUAGACCUGAUUCUCCAGGAGAUAACCCCAUUACCCCAAUUAUACAUCCAGCUCUAUCAGCUGAUCCCCCUGAUCCUGGGAAAUGUCCUCCUGAUCACUCCGAUAUUGGUGCAUCUGUUACAGCUCUGAGAGUAGAUACAGUGUUUCCCUGUUCUAUAGAUGCCAAAUGUUUUACACAGAACACAAAGCAUAUUACCCAUCAGCCAGCUAAGGCAAGUGAGAGGCCACUGAUAUGUUCUGAGUGUGGGAAAUGUUUUACACACAAAUCAGCUCUUGUUACACAUCAGAGAAGUCACACAGGUGAAAAGCCAUAUUCCUGUUCUGAGUGUAGGAAAUGUUUUCCACGGAAAUCAGAACUUAUUACACAUCAGAGAAGUCACACAGGUGAGAAGCCAUAUUCCUGUUCUGAGUGUGGGAAAUGUUUUGCACAGACAUCAGCUUUUGUUACACAUCAGAGAAGUCACACAGGUGAGAAGCCAUAUACCUGUGCUGAGUGUAGGAAAUGUUUUCCACGGAAAUCAGAUCUUGUUACACAUCAGAGAAGUCACACAGGUGAGAAGCCGUACUUCUGUUCUGAGUGUGGGAAAUAUUUUGCAUGGAAAUCAAAUCUUGUUACACAUCAGAGGAGUCACACAGGUGAGAAGCCAUAUUCCUGUUCUCAGUGUGGGAAAUGUUUUGCAUCGAAAUCAUAUCUUGUUACACAUCAGAAAAGUCACACAGGUGAGAAGCCAUAUUCCUGUUUUGAGUGUGGGAAAUGUUUUGCAUAUAAAUCAAAUCUUGUUACACAUCAGAGGAGUCACACAGGUGAGAAGCUAUUUUCCUGUUCUGAGUGUGGGAAAUGCUUUACAUAUAUAUCAUAUCUUGUUACACAUCAGAGAAGUCACACAGGUGAGAAGCCAUAUUCCUGUUCUGAGUGUGGGAAAUGUUUUGCAUUGAAAUCAAUUCUUGUUACACAUCAGAGAAGUCACACAGGUGAGAAGCCAUAUUCCUGUACUGAGUGUGGGAAAUGUUUUGCAUUGAAAUCAAUUCUUGUUACACAUCAGAAAAGUCACACAGGUGAGAAGCCAUAUUCCUGUUUUGAGUGUGGGAAAGGUUUUGCAUAUAAAUCAAAUUUUGUUACACAUCAGAGAAGUCACACAGGUGAGAAGCCAUAUUCCUGUUCUGAGUGUGGGAAAUGUUUUGCACGGAAAUCAGAUCUUGUUACACAUCAGAGAAGUCACACAGGUGAGAAGCCAUAUACCGGUGCUGAGUGUAGAAAAUGUUUUGCACGGAAAUCAGCUCUUGUUACACAUCAGAGAAGUCACACAGGUGAGAAGCCAUAUACCUGUGCUGAGUGUGGGAAAUGUUUUCCAGGGAAAUCAGAUCUUGUUACACAUCAGCUAUUUCACAGGUGA